AUGAACAAAAUUACAAUAUUCAAAUUGCUGUUGGUGGUGGUGACAACAUUGUCUAUAGAAUAUGCUAUCUGUAGGAUAGUUGUAUCAUCACCAUUGUCAAUUUCAUCAGGAACAGCACUACCAUCGUUAUCAAAUGAGUCAGUUGUCAGUUUUCAUGCUCUUAUGGAAAAGCAUUUUUCACGAAGUCAGUCAAUAACCGAAGCUGAAUGGAACCGGAAUUUGCCGACAGAAAAUGAAACUACGCAAAUUUUCGAGUUGGUAAGACGAAUUUAUUUGGCCACCGAUUAUGAUGUACACUGUAGUUCUUCGAUGAUUAAACAGUAUCAGUAUCUUAUUGACAGAAUUCAGAUUACUCGAUUACAGGAUAAUUACUGUGUGAUUCAUGAACCGCUUCUAAGAAACCAAUCAUAUUUCUUACGCUCCUGGGGUUAUAUGAUUGUGCAUAAUCCAAUAACUGCUAAACGACUGUUACAUCAUUCGGCACCACAUUAUCGGACCGAUGGAGAUGUUUGUGCACAAGCGGCUUACGUUUUUGAGCAUACCAAAAGUCGUUCACUGAUAAUUGCUGGAGCACCAAGAGACGCUGUCAUCGGCAAUGCCAAAAACCGCUGUCAAGCAAAUAAUUAUCCGGCAGACGCAGCUCAUAACAAUCUAACAAUGUUUCACAUUUUCAAUACGGCACUUCGUUAUGCCGUAGAAGCUGAUACAAAAAAUAAAAAUUAUUUUAUUCAAUGGCAUGGAAUGGCAAAUAGCAGUUAUUAUGCUAUUUAUCCUUUAUUUUAUUGCUUGUUACUUAUAUGGGUAUAUGUGCCAAUAAGCUUUAGUUGCCCACAAGCAGAUGCCUUCAUCAGCGCUGGUCUUGGAAGCCAAGCGGCAAUUUAUGCACAUUGUGACGCAGCUGCUAACCUUGUUCGAGACCAUUAUAACAUCAUAGAAGGUGGCGGCGCACACACUCCAGCGACAUUGCCAAGCUGUAAACUCGCAGGGACGACGAAUAUAUUUGGAAGGUUUCUCAACGGAGUGCCUUCUACUGAAGUGUGCUAUCGGAAAAGUGAAAUUAAGAAUACGAAUGGAAUGUUCUUACACAUUGAACAACAUUAUGUCGCUAUGAGGCGGUUUGAUGACUGGGUUAAGGUGAUAGAAGCCGCAUUUAACAUGGAAGAGUUGAAAGAUGCAAUUGUAAAUCAUGUUGAUGUGAUCUAG